CGUCGCCUUGACGCUAAGAACGUAGAGCCCAUUUCCCAAUCCUCCACUGGAGCUCAAGAUGGUCGCGUGGGCAGAGCACUACAAGAACGCCAACUGGCCGAUGGUCAUCUACCUCGGCUACUGCCAUGCGCUCGCCGUUCUCGCACUCGGCUACAUUGGCUCGUGCUCGUGGCAAACCCUGCUCUUUACGUUCAUCCUCUCGCAGUUCUCGGGUCUCGGCAUUACCGGCGGCGUCCACCGUCUCUGGGCCCACAAGAGCUACAAGGCCCAUGGCAUCGUGCGCUUCUUCCUCAUGCUCUGCAACUCGGUCGCGAACCAAGGCACGAUCUACCACUGGAGCCGUGACCACCGCGUGCACCACAAGUACUCGGAGACCGAGGCCGACCCGCACAACGCCAAGCGCGGCAUGUUUUUCGCCCACAUUGGCUGGCUCCUCGUCAAGAAGGACCCGAAGGUGAUCGAGGCUGGCAACAAGAUCAACUGCGACGAUCUCCUCGAAGACUGGGUCGUGCGCCUUCAGAAGUCGCUCAACCCGUGGGGCAACCUCUUUAUGAGCUUCAUCUUUCCAAUGCUCGUCUGCUCGUACUUUUGGGGCGAGCACUGGGCCAACGGUCUUCUUGUCGCCGGCUUCUUCCGCUACGUCUUCAUCCUCCACUGCACGUGGCUCGUCAACUCGGCGGCCCACUUUUAUGGCGCAACGCCUUACGACCCCAAGAUCCACCCGACCGAGAACGCGAUCGUCGCGGUCCUCUCGAUCGGCGAGGGCUGGCACAACUGGCACCACGUCUUUCCGUACGACUACGCCGCCAGCGAGUACGGCGUCGCGUCGCAGUACAACCCGACCAAGCUCUUCAUUGACACGUGUGCCAAGCUUGGCCUUGUCUCGGACCGCAAGCGCGCGCUUCAUGCGUGGGAGAUGAAGAAGGCCAAGAUGAUGGAGGCGUCGUCGCCCGAGACGGUGCUCAAGGCCAAGUCGGCCUAGGACGCUUUGCCUUUCUUUUACUAACUUUAACCCGUGUCUUCUUCUCGAA